CGCUGCCCCUGGUCACUUGCUCAGCCUAGAUGCCAAGAGUCCUGUUCCACAGGGUUGACAGUAUGUUAUAGUGUCAUGGACCACAGUACACUUUUCUUAGUUUCAUUAUUUUUUACUUUUUAAAAGUUUGCUGAAGGUUUUUCUUCCAACGUCGGACGAAUGGAGAGGUUUCGUACAUGUAGUUUGUUUCUCGCUGGCUGUCUCAUCGGCUCGUUCUCGGUGUAGACUCAUUUGUAGUCCUGGCAGUGAAGAUGCUCCUCGGGGUCGGGGCUCUGUUUCUCCUGGUGUUGGUGGAAGGUUACCGAGACAACAUGUGUCCACGGAGAGAUCCAGCUCGCGGGGUAUUGGUGUUGAGCCCGGGCAGCGAAGUCCUCCUUCAUUGCCAUGGUGAUGUCAUUGUUGACAGAGUGUUGAAAGUCCGGGGAAAAUCUGAGAGACCCUUCAUUGGGGCUUACCAGCAAAACACGCGGACAUCCUCAAAUGAGGGCCACAGGAUGCAAACGGCAGAAAGCUCUACUGUAACCUACCAAACGGAGACAGUGAGAUUGACAUAUCAUGAAGGAACCUCAGACGGAACCUCAGAUAGAACCUCAGAUGGAACCUCAGAUAGAACCUCAGACGGAACCUCACAUGAAGAAUACCAGGAAGAGGGCGUGGUCACCCCCACUGGCGGACACUAUGAUAAAAACAGAACCACAUCUGGAGCUCACCAAAGGGAGACCGGAGAACAUCCACUGAAGGGUUCCGUAGAGAGACAAGUGGAACCUCUUCAGUGGGAAAUGAUGAACACACAGACGGAACCCUACCUGAGGAACACGAGAGAGAGACGGGGGUGCCAGUCCCAUCGGUCAACCAGGAGGAAGCUGUCAGCGCAAGGUCACACCCGUCGUCUAGCAACCAGGAGAAAGCUGUCAGCGCAAGGCCACACGCGUCGUCUAGCAACCAGGAGGAAGCUGUCAGCGCAAGGCCACACGCGUCGUCUAGCAACCAGGAGGAUGCUGUCAGCGCAAGGCCACAUGCGUCGUCUAGCAACCAGGAGGAAGCUGUCAGCGCAAGGCCACAUACGUUGUCUAGCAACCAGGAGGAAGCUGUCAGCGCAAGGCCACAUGCGUCGUCUAGCAACCAGGAGGAAGCUGUCAGCGCAAGGCCACAUGUGUCGUCCAGCACAUCAGGAGUGGGCUCCACAGUGGUCGCCAAGCCUCCUUUGCAGGAUGAUGUCACAGCAGAGGGAGGAGCUGUGGCACUGGAGAGGCAGAGUUACUGGACUCGGAAUGGUGUGCUGGUGCAAGGCAGUACAGGGAUGAGCCCUCUCACUCUGCCUCACUUUGGCCUCAUGGAUGUAGGAAAUUACAGCUGCUACAGACAGGGGGCGCUGAUGAGCAGUGUGAACAUCACAC